AUGUCGUCUUCACAAUCAAAUUUCAAUGAUGUGAUGCAGGAGAACAGUCAAUUGCGCACGGACCUGGAAUGUUUACAGGCUAAGUUUGAUGACCUAGACCAGGUUUCUCGCAGCUGUAAUGUGGAAAUACAAAAUAUUCCCGAGAAAAAGGCUGAAAAUCUCGUUCAUUUAUCUAUCCAAAUAGGAAAGUUAAUUGGUAUUGACAUUAAAGAAAGCGACAUUCGGUCCGUCCAUCGGGUAGCCCCCGGCAAACCUAGCAACCGUCCAAAAAAUAUUGUACUUCAACUUAGUACACGCCGGCUGCGCGAUGAUGUGAUUGCCGCUGCGCGCGCGCGCCGCUCUCUCACCGUGGCUUCGCUUCUCGGCCCGCCCACGUCUGCCACCGCCACUGCUACGAAUCAGGAUGCCCGCUUUUAUAUAAACGAACAUUUAACGCUCAAAAAUAAAUUGUUAUUUAGCACCGCUAGGCAGCACGCAAAGGCUAAAAAUUAUAAGUACAUUUGGGUGAAAAAUCAUUGCAUUCUAUUAAGGAAAAGUGACGAAGCGCGAGUGGUACAUAUCCGAUGUAGUAGUGAUUUAAAGAAAAUAUUGUGA